AUGAAGAGUGUACGUCUUGCUCUUAUCAAUCGACAAUUCGAUGAUCAAUACACCUUUGAAUUGAAAGGAUAUCUGUCUCUCCAACAGUUUUGCUCUGCCCUCUGCCUUUUUAAUCAGGCCACCCGACAGAAGCCACCGCCUGGAAACAAACUCAUCUGGCUUGGAUCUCUUUUGACAGCUUGGUUAUUUAUCACAGUCGCAAUCUAUUCAGUAUGGCAACAGGCAAAGCACCCUUCUGUUCUUUUGAUCAUUCCACUAUUGAUUGUCUUGACCAGUCUAGUGACACUUUGGAGAUACAGAUUUAAACGUCUACAGUUUGAACACACUAUCCUAGAAAUCUGCAGUCGACUCAAUGCUACUGAGAACAUUCGCGGCAUAAACUAUCGGUUCAGCAAAAAUGGCUUGGAUCUAGUCAGUCCUACUCGAACGUCAUUCUUGUGCUUCAAGCCAGUAUAUGCUAUUAUAAUCGAAUUUGAUAAUCGGUACACAGCCCUGACAAGCCAACAAUUCAACGAUCCUUCCGAGGACACGUUCUAUCCUUCUUACCUUGGAUCACCAGCCCCUGUUCACGUUGUAAACACCGAGAAGCACCCGUCCAUGUUCUACGACUCUCCACAUCCAUUGAAAUCCUUUGAUUGA